AUGGCUCUGGCUUUGGAUGCUCUGCUGGCUCGGGUGAAGGAUGUGUGCCGGAGGAAUGGGCUGCUCAUCCUGUCAGUGCUGUCCGUCAUCAUAGGCUGCCUCCUGGGCUUCUUCCUGCGGACCCAGCACCUCUCGCCCCAGGAAAUUAGUUACUUCCAAUUCCCUGGAGAGCUGCUAAUGAGGAUGCUGAAGAUGCUGAUCCUGCCCCUGGUCGUCUCAAGCCUGAUGUCAGGCCUUGCAUCCCUGGACGCCAAGACCUCCAGUCGCUUGGGAAUCCUCACCGUGGCCUACUACCUCUGGACCACCUUUGUCGCUGUCAUUGUGGGUAUCAUCAUGGUGUCCAUCAUCCACCCUGGCGGUGCAGCUCAGAAGGAGACCACUGGCCAGAGUGGGAAGCCCAUCAUGAGCUCAGCGGAUGCCCUACUGGACCUCAUCAGGAAUAUGUUUCCUGCAAACCUAGUUGAAGCCACCUUCAAACAGUACCGUACCAAGACCACCCCAAUGGUCAAGUCCAACAAGGCAGUGGCAUCAGAGGAAGCCCCUCAGCGGAUCCUUAUCUACGGGGUCCAGGAGGAGAAUGGCUCCCAGGUACAGAACUUCGCCCUGGACCUCACACCUCCCCCAGAGGUGGUGUACAAGUCAGAGCCAGGCACCAGCGAUGGCAUGAAUGUGCUGGGGAUUGUCAUCUUCUCAGCCACCAUGGGGAUCAUGCUGGGCCGCAUGGGGGACAGCGGAGCUCCCCUGGUUAGCUUCUGCCAGUGCCUGAAUGAGUCUGUUAUGAAGAUCGUGGCUGUGGCUGUGUGGUACUUCCCCUUCGGAAUCGUGUUCCUCAUUGCCGGGAAGAUCUUGGAGAUGGACGACCCCACGGCCAUCGGGAAGAAGCUCGGCUUCUAUGCUGUCACUGUGGUGUGUGGCCUGGUGGUGCACGGACUUCUCAUCCUCCCCAUGCUCUACUUUGCCAUCACCAAGAAGAACCCCAUCGUCUUCAUCCGGGGCGUCCUUCAAGCCUUGCUCAUCGCCUUGGCCACCUCUUCCAGCUCAGCCACUCUGCCCAUCACCUUCAAGUGCCUGCUGGAAAACAACCACAUCGACCGGCGCAUUGCCCGCUUCGUGCUCCCCGUGGGCGCAACCAUCAACAUGGAUGGCACGGCCCUCUAUGAAGCUGUGGCGGCCAUAUUCAUCGCCCAAGUCAACAACUAUGAGCUGGAUUUUGGCCAGAUCAUCACCAUCAGCAUCACAGCUACAGCGGCCAGCAUCGGGGCAGCGGGGAUCCCACAGGCAGGGCUCGUCACCAUGGUCAUCGUGCUCACCUCCGUGGGGCUGCCCACCGAUGACAUCACGCUCAUCAUCGCCGUCGACUGGGCCCUAGACCGUUUCCGGACGAUGAUCAAUGUCCUGGGUGACGCGCUGGCUGCCGGCAUCAUGGCUCACAUCUGCCGGAAGGAUUUUGCCCGCGACGCAGGCACAGAGAAGCCACCACCCUGUGACACCAAACCUGUCAGCUUGGAAGAGAUCGUGGCAUCGCAGAGAAAUGGCUGUGUGAAGAGUAUGACAGGGGCCCAUGGGCCAGCCCUGGACACCGCCCUCCUCUCUCACCAUGUCCCCGUGCAAGUGGAACAAGACGACGAGCCAGUUCGGCCCGGGUCCAGCACGGAUCACUGCACCAUCGAGAUCAACGAGCUGGAGACCAAUGUCUAGGCAGCCUCCCCAGCCCACAGCCCAGUGCCAUGGGGAGGCCCUCGGAGGCUUCCCGGGGCCUCCUCUCUGAUUCAGGAUUCUGAGGAUUGCCCAGAGCCUGGAUCAAUGCUUCAGGGAGGGCCCAUGCCUUCGGGAAGUCCCUGCUCUCUCUGUGCCCGGAAGCAGCCUGACCCAGCCUUGCUCUCUGGCUCAGUUGGCUUGGAGGCAUUAUCUUGGUAAAGCAAUGCCUGCCUCUUUUCCCCUGGGCUGCCCAGCUCAGACCUCCGGUGACU